CAACAAAGCACAGAUGGUAACAGCUGCUUUAGUAAUAUACAUGUGAACUCCGCUUAACGGAUUGAUCGUUUCUGUUGCCUUUCAGAUUGAAGCUCGAUGUUAACCUGAAGAGUUCCUGUUAGGCUGGCAAAGCGAAGUUGUUUGCACCAUCCAUUUAAAUACGGAAAACAAUACUCUUAUAGAGGAAUGAAUAAUAACACUUCAGGGCCAGGUAAUUCCACAUCCACUGGGGAAGAUAAGCAGGUCAUCACCUGGUGUGUUGCAUAUGCACUCGUAACAGUCACUAUCAUAGUGAAUAAUGUGGCAGCCAUAUUGGCAUUUACAAAGUCACGCCUUCUAAGGAAAUUUGGAAACUAUUUCCUUGUUAAUCUGGCAGUGGCGGAUUUGAUGGUCGGGACAAUUGCUUUGCCGUUGUAUAUACAUUUAAUCUACAUAUCACCGCCUAAAACAUCGUUAUCAACCAAACCAGGGCCUUUUCAGAUCGUACAAAUUGCUUUUGAUGUGUUUUCUGGAAUGGCAUCUGUCUUCAUACUCACCGUUAUUUCUUUUGAAAGGGUAUGCGCCAUAUUUUGCCCCCUACGAUAUCGCAGCCUUUCAAAAGCAACCUAUCUCAUUGUAUUAACAGAGGUAUGGAUUCUUGCGGGAGCUCUCACAGGAAUAUGGCUUUUGACUGUGUUUGACUUCAUCCAUCAUAAUAUCUUUGCGUAUAGUUUGGCUAUUUUAUCUUUCACAUCGCUUACGUUGAUGAUAGCUUCUUACGUCGCUCUAUGGCUGAAGAUCAAAAUCUGGAGCCGCAAAACUCAACAGCGAGCGACAGGAGAAAAAGAACGCAACUUAGCAAUGGCCAUCGCUAUCAUAACUGCAGUAUUCUUGUUAACCUGGUCACCAUUUCAUAUCAUGAAUAUCUUGAUAAACUUUAAAAAAUCUCUCCUAGAUGGGAUUCCCUAUGAAGCCAUCUAUUUUGCAAAGUUUUUACAUUACAGCAACUCGAUUGUUAAUCCAGUGAUUUACUGUUAUAAAAUCUCUGAAUUCAGAAGAGCAUUGAAGUCCUUGAUUUCAAGAAAACAAAAGAAAAGAGAAACACGAGUUUGAUUCAAGUUCAGUAAAAGUUGAAGAAAUAUUAUAAUAAUAAGCCCUUGAUUUCAAGAAAACAAAAGAAAAGAGAGACAAGAGUUUGAUUCAAGUUUAGUAAAAAUUGUAGAAAUAUUAUGUCUCACGAAGAGGAGGAUAACGAUACGAUUCAACGCAUAUAUUUAUCGAAGGCAGUGUAAUAACUAAGUUAUUUACUCAUGAACUUACAUUUACUCAUUUCCUAAAUGUACAUACCAUACGCACGUUCCUGAUCUAUACAAUAAAUCUAAA